UGGGUUUUUUGUUUGAUUUUGUUAUCGUAAACUGCUGCAAUGUUUAUUAAUAAACAAAUAAUUAUUUUCCACUGGUAUUGACCGCCGCGCCGCGUAUCAUUGACUCGAAUACUCGUCAGUUUACCUUGACACCACGCGAACAAUUUUGACUGGUUAUUUUUAUUUUUUUUUUGGUGUUUUAUUAAACUUUAAAGUAUUAUUCUAUUUAUUAGUGUUCAUUAAAUGUUAAAUUUUGUAUAGUUUUUCCUGUAUACUUAAAAAAAGUAUUAGUUAUUUGAUGUUCCUAAUGUCUACGAUGUCUACAAGUCGUAAGGGUCGACCGUCAAAGCGAUGGGUAGUUGUUGUUUUCACUGAUGCAAAAGAUUUUAGUGUUGUACCUGUUAAUUGACUGGGCUUAGACUUAAAUCAGAUAACUUUAACAGAGUAUAACUUAUCAUCAAUUCAAUACUGCAAAUGGCCACCAUUCAAGGUGACUAGUAGUGAAUUGUUAAAAGCUGAUAAUCCAGACGAAACAUGGUCAUUGUACAAAAUAAAAAUUAUUAAUAAUAAAAUAUAUGCAAAUUUUAAGCAGGCAUGGCAUUCGCAAGUAGAAUUGGAGACCUCUGCUGCUGAAAGUGAAGAAGCCACUCCCAAGAAAAAAAAACGUCUUUCAAAUUCAUAUUCAGAUGAAAGCGACAUUGAAGAUAGUAGUUUCUCUAUAAUGCCUGUCAAUGGUAACUCACUUCCGAAAACAGAUAUAUCUAAAAAACAAUUCACAGAGUUGCAAGUAAAUGUUACAGCUAAUCAUCAACUAAAAAUUCCUAUUUUAUCAGCUGAUCCAAAUGAAUUAACUCCAUUACCUUCUGGCUCUAAUAAGGACCAUACAUAUUCACCAAACAGAUACAAUCAGCUGAUUUCUCCACUACCAACCCCACAUUAUUUUGAACCAGUAUAUGAACCUUAUGUUCCCUCAUCUUCAAACAAUUCCCAGUACGACACAUGCAUUAUCGAUAAUAAUAUAAGUACAAAUCAGAUGGUCAGUGACACAUUAAUUCAAAUUCAAAAAGAGCUAAUAUCUAAUAAAUUUUUGUUGAAGCGCUUAUUAUCAAAAGUUGAAGUCUUAGAACUUAAUUCUAAAAAUAAUUCGAACUCUACAACAACCAACAAUAACUACAUUGAUUCAAGUUUUUUAUCGCUAUUUCCAAUCAGAAACAAAGAAGAAUUUUUAUCAAUUGAAAAUAAAAUUAUAAAUGAGCCUGAUUUUAUUUCUAUGCUGGAAUCAUUUAUUGGAAGUAUUGGUGGUUGUGGCACUAAAAACAACAUAACGAGAGUCUUACAAAAAUUAUUCAAUGAUGAAUUUGCUGUAAUUGCUACUUUUACUGGUCGUGGGAAAAAUAUAUCGGUGGCUUUAGGCUCUUCAGAAAUAAUUAAGCUGGUUAAAAAGAUAAUUAAACAAAAUUCGAAACAUGUAAUGACAGAUUCUGAGUACGAAAGUGUGGUUGCUAAUUGGUUAAGGCAUGGAAAUACUAGAUUGAGUAGAAUCAAAUGUAUCAAAUGAUUCAUUUAUAUUUAUUUAUGCAGAUAUUUAUGAUAAUUAUAUA